ACUCCCUUCAUAGUAGUCAUCCAGAUCCCAAGAUUUAUUAACAUAGAGAAAAAACCCAACAAUCUUAAGAUUGAACAAUGGCGGAACACAAGUACAAUCAAUUCAAAGGACAACCUCGUCUUCCCAAAUUUGCUGUUCCUAAAAGGUACGAUUUAAGGUUGAAACCAGACCUUGUCGCCUGUAAAUUCACCGGCGCCGUUGACAUCUCCGUUGAUGUUGUCUCUGACACCAAAUUCAUUGUCCUCAAUGCUGCUGAACUCUCUGUUGACCCCAAGUCCGUUCUCUUCAAAUCCUCAACCAAGGUAUUCCAGGCAUUGGAGGUGGGGUUGAUUGAAGAGGAUGAGAUAGUGGUUGUGGAGUUUGGAGAAAGUUUGCCACUUGGUAUUGGAGUUCUGAAUAUGGCGUUUGAAGGAACGCUGAAUGAUAGGAUGAAAGGGUUUUACAGAAGUACCUACGAGCAUAAUGGGGAGAAGAGGAACAUGGCUGUUACACAAUUUGAACCAGCUGAUGCCAGGCGUUGCUUUCCAUGCUGGGAUGAACCUGCUUGUAAGGCCACCUUUAAAAUUACACUAGACGUACCAUCGGAACUGGUAGCUCUUUCUAACAUGCCAGCUGAAGACGAAAAAGUGAUGGGGAAUCUUAAAACAGUUCAAUAUCAAGAGUCUCCGAUCAUGUCUACAUACUUGGUGGCAUUUGUGGUUGGCUUAUUCGACUAUGUUGAGGAUUAUACAUCUGAUGGAAUUCCUGUUCGAGUAUACUGUCAGGUAGGCAAGGCAAAUCAAGGGAGCUUCGCAUUACAUGUUGCUGUCAAAACGCUACCCCUCUUCAAAGAGUAUGCAUCACUUUCACUAUAUAUGUUUCUCUCCUUUUUGGGUUUUCUUCAGGUUGCGACUGUGGUGGCUCAUGAGCUUGCUCAUCAGUGGUUUGGGAAUCUUGUAACAAUGGAAUGGUGGACACAUCUAUGGCUGAAUGAGGGGUUUGCAACAUGGGUGAGUUAUUUGGCGACUGAUAGUUUGUUCCCAGAAUGGAAAAUUUGGACUCAGUUUCUUGAAGAGGCCACUGAGGGACUUCGUCUAGAUGGGCUUGCAGAAUCCCACCCCAUUGAGGUUGACAUCAAUCAUGCCGGAGAAAUUGAUGAAAUUUUUGACGCGAUUAGUUAUAGAAAAGGUGCAUCUGUCAUUCGGAUGUUACAGAGCUAUCUUGGACCUGAAAGUUUCCAGAGGGCACUUGCUUCAUACAUAAAAAGAUAUGCUUGCUCAAAUGCGAAGACAGAGGAUUUAUGGUCUGUCCUUCAGGAGGAGUCUGGUGAACCUGUGAACAAGUUGAUGAACUCCUGGACAAAGCAACAAGGUUACCCAGUCGUCUCUGUCAAAAUAAAAGACCAAAAGCUGGAAUGUGACCAGACACAAUUUUUACUGAGUGGUUCUCAUGGUGAUGGGCAAUGGAUAGUUCCGUUAACACUCUGUUGUGGCUCUUAUGAAGCUCGUAAAAGCUUCUUAAUGCAAGAAAAGUCAGAAGUCCUUGAUGUAAAGGACUUAUUAUGCUCAUCUUCUUCUAAAGGCAAUCCCUGGAUAAAAGUUAACGUGGACCAAACAGGUUUUUAUAGAGUUAAAUAUGAUGAUGAGCUAUCAGCUAGACUCAGAUAUGCCAUAGAGAGCAAGUGCUUAUCAACAAAUGAUAAAUAUGGCAUUUUAGAUGAUUCAUAUGCAUUAUCGAUGGCUUGUCAUCAGUCUUUGUUGUCUUUGCUUGCCCUGAUGGCUUCUUUCAGGGAGGAGCUCGACUACACUGUUCUAUCAAACCUGAUCAGCAUAAGUUACAAAGUUUCAAGAGUUGCAGCUGAUGCUGUUCCUGACUUGAAGGAUCACAUAAAGUUGUUUUUCAUCAAUCUUUUCCAGUUUUCUGCAGAGAGACUUGGUUGGGACCCUAAACAAGGGGAAAGCCACCUUGACGCCAUGUUGAGAGGGGAGCUUCUGAAUGUUCUGGCUGCCUUUGGACAUGACGAAACAAUAAAUGAAGCAAUCAGGCGCUUCCACAUAUUUUUGGACGACAGAAACACAGCUGUUCUUCCUCCUGACUUGAGAAGGGCUGUUUAUGUAGCUGUGAUGCAGCGGGUGGAUAAAUCAGAUAGAUCAGGGUUUGAAGCUCUUUUAAGAGUUUACCGAGAGACUGACCUCAGCCAAGAAAAGACACGGGUUUUAAGUUCAUUGGCAUCUUGCAGGGACCCCAAAAUUAUCCUUGAAAUUCUCAACUUCUUGUUAUGCUCUGAGGUACGGAGUCAAGAUUGUGUUCACGGGCUUGCAGUUAGUUUAGAAGGCCGCGAAACUGCGUGGAAAUGGUUGCAAGACAAAUGGGAUCAUAUCCACAAGACUUACGGCUCUGGAUUCCUAUUAACCCGCUUCAUCAGUGCAACAGUGUCACCGUUCUCAUCCUAUGAGAAGGCGAAAGAAGUUGAAGAGUUUUUUGCUAGCCGUACCAAGCCUUACAUUGCAAGAACGUUGAAGCAGAGCAUCGAGAGGGUUCACAUUAAUGCAAACUGGGUUCAAAGCAUUCAAAAGGAGAAGAAUCUUUCCGAGGCAGUGAUGGAGCUAGCGUAUAGGAAAUACUGAAGUAGCUGUUGUUGAACUUAGUGUCCCCUUUAGGGAGUUUCUAGUUUCCAUCAAUAAGUUAAUCAUGGUACUUUUUUAAAUGGUUAUGUCUCUGAAAAAACGAUAAAAGCUCUGAUGAUCCUUUGUUGAGCAAACUAUAGGCUAGGUUACAUAUUUAAUAAAUCGUGACGGUUGAUUUUGAACUGCUUUUGUUGUGCUCAGAUGAACCAGGUCUAAUAUAUGAGCAACCACCAAUGAAGAUACUAUCUUUUAGACCUUA